AUGGAACAAGUUUUGUUUCUGAUUACCAUUGUUUCGAGUUUUGUUUUCUCCGGGAGAUGCAACAAUGUUUACAAUUACAGCAGGAGCGAUUUCCCGGAGGGUUUCGUUUUCGGAUCCGCCAUUUCUGCUUAUCAGUGGGAAGGAGCUGCUGAUGAAGACGGAAGGACGCCUAGCACUUGGGAUACCGAUUUUCACUCUAAUAGUGGAGACAUAGCAUGUGAUGGAUAUCAUAAGUAUAAGGAGGAUGUAAAGCUAAUGUAUGAUAUGGGUUUAGAUGCAUUACGAUUCUCUAUCUCGUGGCCACGGCUUAUACCAAGUGGAAGAGGUGCUGUGAAUCCAAAGGGUUUACAGUUCUACAAAAACUUCAUAGCUGAGCUCAAAAGACAUGGAAUUGAACCACAUGUUACAUUAAAUCACGAUGAUCUCCCUCAGGUUCUUGAAGAUGAAUACGGAGGAUGGCUUGACCGCAAAAUCAUCGAUGACUUCACCGCUUUUGCAGACGUUUGUUUUAGAGAGUUUGGGGAAUCAGUGAAAUUUUGGACCACAAUUAAUGAGCCAAACCUUAUAGCAUUGGUAUGUUAUGAAAACUCUUCAACAGAGCCAUAUAUCGCACUCCAUAACAUGUUGCUUGCACAUGCAUCUGCCGCCAGAUUGUAUAAGACAAACUAUAGGGUUAAGCAGAAUGGAUCUAUAGGAAUAACAUUUUAUGGAUCCUGGGUGAUUCCUUUCACUAGCUCUAAAGAGGACAAGAUUGCAACACAGAGAGCCAAAGAUUUCAUAUAUGGCUGGGUUCUUCAUCCGCUGUUCUUGGGGGACUAUCCUGAUGUGAUGAAGAGAAUCGUGGGCAAAAGAUUGCCAACUUUUUCUGAAGAGGAAUUACGUCUUGUUAAAGACUCAUCCGACUUCGUGGGAGUCAUACACUACCAAACAGUGUACAUCGCACACGCAGAUUAUACUUCAGACAUGGGUGGUGUGAUCAUCCUCUAUGGGAAUUGUACAGAGGUCGAGCUUGAUGUGCUUCCAUGGGGCCUUGAAGAAGUGUUGGAAUACAUAAAGCAAGACUAUGGCAAUCCUCCGGUCUACAUUCUUGAAAAUGGACGACCUAGCAAGCACGAUUCAUCGCUUAAGGACGUGGGAAGAGUUGAAUACCUUGGUGCUUAUAUCGCUGCCGUGCUCAAUUCAGUGAGGAAUGGGUCAGAGACAAGAGGCUACUUCCAAUGGUCGUUCAUGGAUCUGUUAGAGAUUAUUGAUAGCAGUUACACAUAUGGUUUAUACCAUGUGAAUUUCAGCGAUCCUCAACGUAAAAGAAGUCCGAAAACGUCUGCUUUUUGGUACUCUGCUUUUCUCAACGGGACAGAACAAGAGCCCAAGAACCUCUCUGUAUCUUCCUCCCUUGGUUUUGCUUCUCAGUGA